AUGGAGGUAAUGACAGAUGAGGGACAGACAGAGGAGGGAGGGAUAGAUAAACGCUGUAUUGGAGCAUGUGCAGUUGGAGCAAUCUUCCAGUUCGCGGCAACUGCGCAAGCGGCGGAAGUGACUGAAAUUGCCUAUGGGGAGGAAGAAGAUCCAAAGACAACAGAAGUGCCGGGAGAUGGCACCCGUUUAAUUAAGAAAUUUCCAACAGAUCUUGUUUGCUACCAGUAUUAUACUUUGCAGACCGACUAUUGUUAUUGCAGCUGGAAAGCUGGGGAGGAAUCACUAAAUGCCACCUAUGUGCUGAAUUACUGCAUUAACCGGGACCAAGAACAUGAAUGUUUUCAACCUUAUGUGGGGACCUCAACUUAUACUGAGGCUCGUGUGCACAAGCAAACUAAUGUUACUAUGUGGAUAACUGCUAAAGAAAAAGAGGACAUCUACAACUCUGCAAACAUAACGGUGCGACUGGACAAAGCAGUAAAACUGGAUCCCCCUGACAAAAACAGUAUCACGCUAAGAAAAAAUGGCAAGAAUCUGACAGUCCAGUGGAGGAGAAAUGAUUACCACUUUUCCUCUGAUCCAUUAAUAAAAGAGUUGCGAAGCAGAAAAAAAGAAGAUUCACAAUGGAACACGAAAAUGUGUGAUUCAUAUGAGGAAAAUGAAUCACCCACAUGUGAUAUAAAUGCUGGCUGGAGAAGCUGCCUGGAAAUGUUCACUAUGUCUCUGGAUGGGAACCAUGUUUACUACAUCCAGAUCCGCCACAAAUAUAAAAGAGAUCUUACUAAACUGGAAAUUAAAUACACAGUGGGAAAACUCCAAGAUGGAAGACGAAAUCUAACUCUACAAUGGAAGGAUGCCCUAAAGGAGCAAGGAAAUUUAACAUACACAAUCAGGCUAGCUGUCCUUUCAUGCCCAGUCCCCGCAUUUGAGAUCAAUACAACAACCAGUGGGUUCACAAUGGAUAUAUCUGGAGCCUUCUAUAACCUCACAGUUGAAGCUUUCAAUUCAGCUGAAAAAACACCUCUUUGGUCAUCUGUCAUUGAAGAAGAUGUUAGAGAAAUACCAUUUCAGAAUGUCACUUUGGAUAAUAAAUUCCUGACUGUGCACUGGAGGGUACAGGACAAAAGAAAAGGCAAUUACUGUAUUGAGUGGCAGCCUACUAGAAUGACAAGUCUCUUAUCCAACAGAUCAACAGGAGUCUAUGAAAAAGCAAAGAAAAGAAUAUUUCUAGGGAGAUUUCAGCCAAUGCAGUGUUACAGGAUUGUGGUUCAUAAAUUUACCAAAGGACAGUUUACUUUUGGAACGACUUACUACUUCAGACCUUCAUUAAGUGUAGGGCCAGGAAACUUCACAGUGAUGUAUAUUACUGAGGACUCAGUUCUGCUGAAAUGGGACAAACUUGAUCUGCGUCAGUGUCAAGGACUUAUACAAAAUUGGGUUCUAAACAUCACAAACCAUGAAAAAAAACUUGUAAAAGUGUAUUAUAUAAAUGCUUCAGUGACUCAGUAUCCUGUAGAGAAUCUCGUUUUGGGAUCCAAUUAUACAUUUGAAAUCAAAGGGAUCACCAUUUUUGGAGAGUACACUGGAAGCAGGUGGACUGCUAUCGAUUUAAGGGAAGUUUUCCAUGAGAAUGACGUCUGGAUUCCUAAAUUAAUUGGAGGAAUAUUUGCCUUUCUGGGUUUUGUUGGUCUCUUUUACUUUGUCAUUGUAAGGUAAGAGACGCUUAUUGUCAGAGAUAUUACAUACAGUGUAUAUGUAGAAACCCUGGCCCCAAUAUUUGUUGAAAUAUGACUAGAACUGAACUACUGUGAAGGCUCCAUACAUAAAUAGUGCCACUUGACUCCACAAAUAAACCAUGCACACAAUAUUGAUUCGUACAUUUUUACAUUUGGUCAAUAGAACUAAAAUACUUCUUUGUAGCUUUCUGUUAUGAUCUUCCCUGAAGAUCUUUUUUAAUGCCACCCAUAAAAAGUUAUGCAUGGUAAGAAAGUUCCUCUUCUCCAGAAAAAAGUCUCUCCCAUGUUUCAGAUUUCAGUUACAGCGUUGGGAUCCCUUAUCAAGAAAGCUCAGAAUAACGCAAAGGCUAUCUCCCAUAGAUUACAUUUUAACAAAUUUUUUUUAAAUUGAUGAUGACUUAUUAGCUUUAUUUAAUAUGUCUAUUAUUUUUUAGCAGACUUAAGGCAUGGAGAUAUAAAAAUACAGAAGGCCCCUUAUCAGUAAAACCCCAGGUCCCAAGCAUUUUGGGUAUAGAUCCUUUACUAUACUAUAUUAGGGCUACAACACUAGUUAUUUCAUGCCGAACACCAAUACAUGUUUUACCAAUAUAUGUUGUGUUUUAUUUGUACUGGUAUGGGAUCUGUUAUCA